UUUGGAUUUUGGUGCCACCACGAUAAGUUCCUUGUAAAAGGUUGUCAUCAUUUUAUGUCUCUUCCACAAGCACUGAAACAGUGAGUGAAACAAAACCUUAAAAAAGAACUCUCGACUUUAUAGUAUUUGAGCAUUCUUCUCAUGCUUCUUUGCUCCUGGGAGCUUUUGUAAGUUGCAUUGGAUUCUUGUCUAAUUCUCUUGGUUAUAUUUUGUUUUUAUUCACAAAUUCAGAUUAUUGAAGGUCAAUUUUCAGUGUAUUAUCGAAAAAGAUCAACUUUGUAUUAUGAUAAUGUAAUUUUUCAAUCAUAGGCAAAGCUAGGGAAUCUUUUUUAGUGACUCCAAGAUAGAGGUUUGCUUGGCUUGUGAGACUGUGGUGUGAAUUGAUAAUAUGGAGGUGAUAAUUAUGACAAAUGGGCAAAACGGUUUAUCUGGUUUUGAAAGAAAUGGGAACUUAAACUGUAAUUGUAGCUGGAAACCAUAUUCUUCAUGUGGGCCUUUGAAUUCUUGGAGACCUCCGAUUUUUGGUGUUCCAUUGAAGAGCAAGCGUGGGAAAGCAAUGAGAGUUGUUGGUUUAAGAGUUAAGGCAUUGCAAAAAGACGAGUCUGAUAAUCGGUUGGUUGGUAGUGGUGGGGUUAUUGAGAAAGAGUUUGAAUUUAAACCAUCUUUUGGUGAGUAUUUGAAGGCUAUGGAGUCUGUUAAGACUGGAAGAGAAAAGAACCAAGUACAUAAGUCAAAUAGUUCUAAGUUGAAGGAUGAUUUGGAGGGGAAUGAUGCGCCAUUGUUGGAAAGAGAUGAAAGGAGUGUAAAAUUGAGGGGGUUUAAGGAUCGAGUGAAGGUGUCCAAAGUCAUGGAAAGUGAUGAGUUUGGCGAGAAUGCUAAUAGACCCAGUGGUGAGGAAGAUGUAGUUAACGCGGAGCUUGAUUACAGAAGAGGAAGAAUUAGAGAGUUCAAUCAUAAUGUGGGUGGCAAAGAAAGUCAUGCGCAUGCUAAUGUAAGAAGGAAGAGGGGAGGAGCUACAAGUAAUGAGCGAUGGUUGAGGAAUGGCACCAGGAGCUCGAACUCAGACUUGGAGGACCUCAAUUAUAGGAGUUAUAAGUUGAAGGGUGAUUUAGAGGAGAGUGAUGCCCCAUCAUCGGUAAGACAUGAAAGCAGUGUGAAUUUGAGGAGGUUUAACAAUCAAGAAAAGGUGUCUGGAGUCAUGGAAAGUGAUGAGUUUGGUGACAAUGGUGAUGGAUGCUCUGGUCAAGAAGAUGUAGUUAAUGCAGAGCUUAAUUACAGAGGAGGUAGAAUUAGAGAGUUCAAUCAUAAGGUGGGUGGCAAAGAAAGUCACGUUCAUGCUAAUGCAAGAAAGAAAAUGGGAGGAGCUACAAGUGAUGAGCGAUGGUUGAGGAAUAGAACCAGUAGCAUGAAUUCAGACUUGGAGGACCUCAAUUAUAGGAGUUAUAAAUUGAAGGGUGAUUUAGAGGAGAGUGAUGCCCCAUCAUCAGUAAGACAUGAAAGCAAUGUGGAUUUGAGGAGGUUUAACAAUCGAGAAAAGGUGUCUGGAGUCAUGGAAAGUGAUGAGUUUGGUGACAAUGGUGAUGGAUGCUCUGGUCAAGAAGAUGUAAUUAAUGUUGAGCUUGAUUACAGAGGAGGUAGAAUUAGAGAGUUCAAUCAUAAGGCGGGUGGAAAAGUAAGUGGUGUGCAUGCUGAUUUUAGAAGGAAAAUGGGAGGGGCAACGAGUGAUGGAAGAUGGUUGAGGGAUCAUACUAGCAGCAUGAAUUCAGACUCGGAGGAUUUCAAUGAAACCAAGAGUAUGAAGACUCAAAUUGCACAACGAAGUCCUAUGGUAUUAGGUUAUAUUGAAAGCAUUGACAGAACUAUUGGCUUAAAAGAAAAUCUUGCUCAUGCUAAAGAUUCCCUGGAUAUGUUCGGAAUAAAGGGGAAAGCUUUUGAAAAAGAGAACAUUGGUUCUGGAGUCAACAAAAUGAAUGGUGGACUUGUCAGGAAUCGUAGUCAAGCUGAUAAAAUUACUGACAAGAGAUAUGUGCAGAAAAACAGAUUAUCAAGAAGAAGUGAUCAGGCUUUUCUUGAAAGGGGCUAUGGUGAGGAUUUUGAAGUGGAAAGGGCUGCCUUCAAAAGCUUUGAGCAAUCCAAUGAUGUUAUCGGCAAGACAAAAGUUCCGAUGUGGAAAAUAGAGGAGAAGAUUCAGAAGCUAGGAAACUGGUUAAAUGGUGCUGAUAUUGAUAUGCCUGAGUGGAUGUUCUCUAAGGCUAUGCGUAGUGCUAGAGUUAAAUAUACAGAUCAUUCUGUAUUGAGGAUUAUCCAGAUAUUGGGUAAAUUGGGCAAUUGGAGGCGAGUGCUACAAAUUAUCGAGUGGCUUAACAUACGAGAACGCUAUAAAUCCCACAGGCUAAGCCAUGUUUACACAACUGCACUUCAUGUACUUGGCAAGGCAAAAAGACCUGUGGAGGCACUUAAUUUAUUUCAUGCAAUGCAGCAAGAAAUGUGUUUGUAUCCUGACCUAGUAGCUUAUCGUUCUAUAGCUGUCACUCUCGGACAAGCAGGAUAUAUGAAGGAACUUUUUGAUGUAAUAGAUAGCAUGCGAUCUCCUCCCAAGAAGUUCAAAUCUGGGGCACCUGGGAAGCGGGACCUAGGGUUGGAACCUGAUCUUGUUGUCUACAAUGCGGUCCUAAAUGCUUGUGUUCGGCGAAAACAAUGGGAAGGUGCAUUUUGGGUCUUACAGCAGAUGAAGGAAAAGGGUGUGCAACCUUCUACUGCAACGUAUGGACUUGUUAUGGAGGUCAUGCUUGCUUGUGGCAAGUACAACUUGGUUCAUGAGUUCUUCAAAAAAGUUCAGAAGUCUUCCAUUCCGAAUGCCUUGGUAUAUAAAGUUCUUGUCAAUACUUUUUGGAGAGAGGGUAAGACAGAAGAGGCUGUGUUGGCUGUUAAAGACAUGGAAAGACGGGGAAUUGUGGGUUCAGCUGCUCUUUAUUAUGAUCUUGCACGCUGUCUCUGUACAUCUGGAAGGUGUCAAGAAGCACUAGAUCUGAUUGAGAAAAUAUGCAAGGUUGCUAAUAAGCCGCUCGUAGUAACUUACACUGGCUUAGUCCAAGCUUGUCUGGACUCUGGAAACAUUCAAAACGCUGUGUACAUCUUCAAUCAAAUGAGGAACUUUUGCCCCCCAAAUCUUGUUACUUGCAACAUAAUGCUGAAAGCGUAUCUAGAACAUGGAUUGUUUGAAGAAGCAAACGAGCUUUUCAACAAGAUGUUAGACGAUGGCAAUCAUAUCAGCAGAAGAUCUGAUUACAAGUUUCGGGUAAUUCCAGAUAUCUAUACUUUCAACACCAUGCUUGAUGCAAGCAUUGCAGAGAACAAGUGGGAUGAUUUUGAGUAUGUUUAUCAAAAGAUGUUGCGCCAUGGGUUCCACUUCAAUGCAAACCGUCAUCUUCGAAUGGUACUGGAUGCUUCUAGAGCUGGAAAGGGAGAAGUUUUGGAAAUAACUUGGAAGCACUUGGCACAGGAAGAUAGGAUUCCUCCGCCGCCUCUUGUCAAAGAAAGAUUUUGCAUGAUGCUUGAAAAAGAAGACUUCGAUUCUGCUCUUGCUUGUAUUACCACAAAUUCUGCUGGAGAGUCUCAAGCAUUCUGCAAAAGUGCCUGGUUGAAUUUAUUCGAAGAAAACGCUCAGCGGUUUAGAAAGGACACCCUCAUGCGGCUAAUGCAUGAGGUGCGUGUGCUUGCUGCUCAAAGCAACUCGCCAAACCCUGUAUUGCAAAAUCUAUUAAUAUCCUGUAGUGAUUAUAAUAGGCCUCGUGUAAAGGUUCCUGGAUUCAAUCAAACAUAGAUUUUGUGUACAGUUAAAUCAUGAAAAUCCUUGAAAUCUUAAUGGAAUGCACUCAUGCAGCUAGCAAA